AUGGCGGUGGCACGAAAAAUCAAAACUUUGCUGACUGUGAAUAUCCUGGUUUUUGUGGGGAUCAUCCUGUUUUCAGUUUACUGUAGGAUCCAGGACAGAUCCCAGGAGCUGGUGCAGAUUGUGAGAAGUUCUGACCGCAGAGUAAGGAGCAGGAACACCAAAGUGGGAGCUUUGAUUGACCGAGAGUCUAUUUUGCAAAGACUGGAUCACCUAGAAGAAGUAGUUUACAACCAACUCAAUGGCUUAGCAAAACCCAUGGGACUCGUGGAAGGACCUGGUGGGCUUGGGCAAGGUGGAAUGGCUGCAACUUUGAGAGAUGAUAGCCAUGAAUCAGAAACCAAAUAUGAAGAAUAUGGCUACAAUGCCCAGUUAAGUGACAGAAUCUCACUGGACAGAUCAAUUCCAGAUUAUAGACCAAAAAAGUGUAAACAGAUGAAUUAUCCAGAUGAUCUGCCACAGAUUGCUGUGGUCUUUAUUUUUGUAAAUGAAGCUUUGUCUGUUAUCCUACGUUCAGUACACAGUGUGGUCAACCAUACUCCAUCUCAUCUACUCAAAGAGAUCAUCCUAGUGGAUGACAACAGUGACAACGUCGAACUGAAAUUCAACUUGGAUCAAUACGUGAACAAGAGAUACCCUGGCCUUGUGAAAAUAGUUCGCAAUAACAGAAGGGAAGGUCUAAUUCGAGCUCGGAUACAAGGAUGGAAGGCAGCCAGUGCACCAAUAGUUGGAUUUUUUGAUGCGCAUGUGGAAUUCAACACUGGAUGGGCUGAACCUGUGAUCACAAGGAUCAAAGAAGACAGAAGAAGAAUCCUUUUACCAGCAAUUGACAAUAUCAAAUACAACAGCUUUGAGGUGCAGCAAUAUGCUAACGCUGCACAUGGAUAUAACUGGGGCUUAUGGUGCAUGUACAUUACUCCUCCUCAGGACUGGCUAGAGAAAGGGGAUGAGUCUGCUCCAAUCAGAACCCCGGCCAUGAUUGGAUGUUCCUUUGUGGUUGAUCGAGCAUACUUUGGAGACAUUGGGCUGCUGGAUCCUGGCAUGGAGGUGUAUGGAGGAGAAAAUAUUGAGCUUGGCAUGAGAGUUUGGCAGUGUGGGGGAAGUAUGGAAGUUUUGCCUUGCUCAAGAGUUGCCCAUAUUGAACGCACAAAGAAGCCUUAUAAUAAUGACAUUGAUUACUAUGCAAAGCGUAACGCCCUACGUGCUGCAGAGGUCUGGAUGGAUGAGUUCAAGUCCCAUGUUUAUAUGGCAUGGAACAUACCAAUGACAAACCCUGGGGUGGACUUUGGUGAUGUCACUGAAAGACUGGCUCUUCGACAUAAACUGCAGUGUCGUAGUUUCAAAUGGUACCUGGAAAAUGUAUAUCCAGAAAUGAGGAUUUACAAUAAUACUAUUAACUAUGGUGAGCUUCGUAACAGUAAAGCAACAGGCUAUUGUUUGGAUCAAGGUUCUGAAGAUGACAACAAAGCCAUUUUGUACCCUUGCCAUGGCAUGUCCUCCCAGUUGGUACGAUACAGUGCUGAGGGGCUGCUGCAGUUAGGUCCCCUUGGCUCUACUGCCUUCUUACCUGAUACGAAGUGUCUCAUUGAUGAUGGCAAAGGAAGAACCCCUACUCUUAAGAAAUGUGAUGAUGUUCCAAGACCAACACAGAAACUCUGGGAAUUCACACAGAAUAGCCCGAUUGUCAGCAAGGACACAGGCCGCUGUCUGGAGGUAGAGAUGUCCAAGGAUGCCAAUUUUGGACUGAGGCUGGUGGUGCAGAGAUGCUCUGGACAGAAAUGGAUUAUAAGAAACUGGAUAAAACAUGGUCGGAAUUGA